AGACAGAGAGAGAGAGAGAGAGAGAGACAGAGAGAGACAGAGAGACAGAGAGAGAGAGAGACAGUAUGUGCAGGGGGGUGAUGAUGUCAUCCAGGCCACGCCCACCUGCAGAGGCUAUAGAUGUUGGCGUUCCGCUGGUCCACCUCUCCACACCGAGGACGUCCGACGGCUGAACAAGUCCUGAGACUGCAGGGAGAGACGCUUAGUGAAGUUGUCCAGCUCCUGGUCGCUCCUCAUCUUCAUCCUCCUCCUCAUCUUCAUCCUCCUCCUCAUCAUCAUCGUCUUCUUCAUCAUCAUCGUCUUCUUCAUCAUCAUCGUCUUCAUCAUCAUCGUCUCCUGGAAGCUGAAGCUCUGAGGUCAUGGCAGGCAUCGCUUUCCUCCUCCGAGUCCUCGUGCUGCUGCUCGGAGGGACCAUUCUGCUCAACGGCAUCCCGGCACAGAGGAUCCGAGUGCGGCGUCAGAACAUGAAGGUUCGGAUCAACGCCACCGGCGACACCAUUGUGAUGAAGUUUGUGCGUCCGAGUCCAGACGUGAAGCUGGAGGGUUACAUCCUGGGCUACGGCAGCAGCAUGUUCUCCAAACAGUUCAUCCAGCUGCCCGAGAACGGACAGCCGUACGAGACCGAGAUGGACGCCGAGCCGAAGUACCUGGUGGCCGUCCAGCCGAUCCCAGUCAACGACGUGAAGAAGCACUGCACAGGGAAGGUGAACCUGGAGAAGCCGCUCCACCUGGUGAUCGGCUCCGUCAGCCCCACCGCCGUGCUGCUGUCCUGGGGAAACUACCUGAAGACGCCCUACGAGGGCGACGUCAUGAACGAGUGCCUGGAGGACGGGUUCUACACCAUCCGCUACAGGGAGAGGAACAGGAAGUGGAUCUAUCAGACCUGCCCGACCAGCGACACCGUCAUCGACAACCUCAAACCCAACACGCCCUACGAGUUCGGCGUCCGGUCCAACAAGGACGACCGCGGCGGCAUGUGGAGCAAACCGGUCAUCCACAACACCAACAUGGGCAAUAAGAACGCACAGAAGCCGUACAAGCUGCGUAAUCCUCUCGCCAAGCCGCUGAAGCCUCUGGGUCCUCACGCUCUGUUCCCUCCUCGUCUGGCUCUGCACAACAGGACUCGAGGUUCUCUGCUCAAAAACCCGGCUUUCCCCGGAGCUCCUCGCACUUCCUUCGCGCCGCCUGAGAGCCAGCAGGAAACGUUACCUCUGCCCGGCUCCGCUGAGCCCAAAUGGCCUCACGAGUCACUCGACAAAGGAAACACUCUUAGAAAUGACUCCAACAGAGCGGUGGAUCGUCCUCCGGCCCUCCCCCAACUCCUGCCCACCAAAGCCCCUCCUGCCACUUCCACUUCCACUUCCACUUCCACUUCCACCGCCUCCCCCCUCCUUAAAUUACCCUCCAAUGCCGACUCGCAUCAGGGGCAGACCACUAAGGCACCCGAGAAGCCUCAUAACUCUGCUGCUUUCGGCAAAUCCCAGGACGGAUCCUCGCUGCUGAGAUCGGCUCUGGCCAAUGAGAGAGCCAAAACUAACAACUGGGGUGAAGGCGGCAAAAGAACCUCUUCUCCAUCACUGCCUUUGCAGCCUUACAACCCGGCAGCUACCUCGGUGGUCAGAUCCAUGAGGCCUGCAUCGAGAAACCCCCUCUUUCCCUUCUCUAAUGGCUUCAGACAACCACACUCUUCCUCUAGACCCAGUAACUCAUCCCCGACCUCUGGGAUACUCGGGGUAAACGGACAGCACCACCGGGGCCUCUCCCCACCUAAACCCGCCUUAUGGUCCCGACCUCGACUGGCGAACAACUCGUUACUGGAGGACAAGAAGUCUGAAUUCCCUGAUGUGUUCGGCCGAUCGAGUCCCACCGCCGGAGAGCGGUUUUAUGGGUCCCCGGCUCGUCCAUCCAUAACCCUCAACAAGAAACCGAACUUGGUGGGGAAACCUGGAGAAACAGACAAAGUAAACAACUUCAAGCUGACCGACAAGCUGCCGAUCCUGAAACCAAAAGUUCCUCCAGCGACCGCCAAGCCGACCAAACAGGAGCGGAAACAGACCACAACAACGGCCUCGCCAACACCUGCCAGUCGUCAGGAGACCUGGGAGGCCUCCGAGCUCUUCAAGUCCCAGCCGACUUCUGACCUGGACGCCUUGGGAAAGAAACGUUACGUUGCACCUCACGUUGUCUACCAGACGGGCAAGAAGCCGGACGAGCCGUGUUCCAUCACCUCCUCCCUAAACUACUUCCCCGAAGAUGAACCCGGCGAGGCAAACGUGACGGCUCCGCCCCGGUCUCCGCCCUCCAACCUCACCGUGGUGACGGUGGAGGGAUGCCCAUCCUUCGUCAUCCUGGACUGGGAGAAGACGGAUAAUGACACCACCGAGUACGAAGUCAUCUCCACCGCUAAAGGACCCGACGGCGAGCAGGUUUCCAUCCUGACCACCAACCAGACUCACACCGCCGUGGAGAACCUCAAACCUGAGAGCAGCUACGAGUUCAAGGUGAAGCCGAAGAACGAGCUGGGUGAAGGUCCUCUCAGUGAGCCGGUGUCCUUCAACACAGAGUCCGCCGACCCGCGGGUGAGCGAGAACGUCUCAGGAAAAGACGCCAUCUGGACUCAGUUCCCCUUCAAGACGGACUCGUACUCCGACUGCCACGGAAAGCAGUACGUGAAGAGGACCUGGUACCGCAAGUUUGUCGGCGUCCAGCUGUGCAACUCGCUCAGGUACAAGAUCUACCUGAGCGACUCGCUUAACGGUAAAUUCCACAACAUCGGCGAUCAGACCGGCUUCGGUGAGGAUCACUGUCAGUUCGUCGAUUCCUUCCUGGAUGGAAGAACCGGCAAGCAGCUGAGAGCCGACCAGCUACCGUCCAGACCCGGUUUCUACCGAGCCGUCCGUCAGGAGCCGGUCCACUUCGGCCAGAUCGGAGGACACUCCCACGUCAACUACGUCUCAUGGUACGAGUGCGGGACGCCCAUCCCCGGAAAAUGGUGAACAGACUGAGUCGUUCUCGGAGACGCCCAGGAGGGGAAUCAUCGGCGACUGCAGCAGGGGUCCUAACAAACCUGCCUGACCUCUUACCCAGUGCUGUAAAAACAUGUACAGGACAUACUCGUCAGGGAAUUAGUAACGAGAGAGCAUUUUAAAAAAUAUGUACUAGCAAACAUGCCUCGUCUUUACUAUUUAUCAAGCAACAAGGCUAAACUGGUAGAAGAGCAGGAGGAUCGUGGAGCUGCUCUCCGCGGUGUGGGCGGGUCGCAGACUCACGCUAAGAUAUAUUUUAUUUUGUGUUAAGAUAAUGGGAAGCUGGCUCCCUGGAAUACUAUUUUCAUAACUUGUGAGAUGUUAUUUAUCAAAAGGUCUUUGGUUACAUUUCUUCACGAGGUCCAACAGGUGAGAACUCACAGGAUGUUUUCAGGACGUGACGCUUCUGCUGCUCGUCUGGUGUAAAUGUUCAACAGUCUGUCUGUUUUUAAGGUACAACCAUGAAGAGACACGCAAACUCGACUGCAUCCUGCUUCUGACCAGCACAACCAGUCUUCUCCUGGUAAACAGCAGAUUAGUGUGUAGAAGCUCUGCUCCAUGUGGAGGAGAGGAACUUUUCUGCCUGAUCAUAAACACAAUUUAAACUUUAGACAACAAUAAAAAGUAUAGAACGUCUUCAUUGACGGUUGUUCUGCUCCGCUCACAGAAAAAGUGCCAAAAAUGUAAAAAGUUUGGACUCCAGAAAAACGAAACCUUGAAUUUAAGUUAGUGUACAGAUUCAAAUGCAGCAUCAGUGCCUGAAAUCAGUUCCACGUCAAACGCUAGACGUGUCUCGUACGUCUCGCACUAACAUGAGCUGCCUCUGCUAGCCGGCCGGAGGCGCCUUCACUUGCAAUUUGCACAACAGAAAUGUAUUUAUAUGUAUAUGGAGAGAAUGUAUUUGUUCAAUACAUUUUUGCAGAUGCAUAUCAAUCACCACCGAGGCCUUUUUCUUUUCUUUCACUGUACUAUCGUGCUCUUCUUCUUCUUCUUGCGUCAAGCUAAAGCAGGGCAAGAAGCUAACGAUGUAGCCUGAUAGCUAACAGUCGGGGUAAUAAAACAAUCUCCUGCUUUAAACAGUUUCUUUCUUUAUUUUACCAACUAAAUCUGCUGCAGGAGCAAACAGCUUGAGUUCUUUGCUCGGUAGCGCUAGCUGUGUUAGCAACCAUCAAACUACGUCUCGUGUUUCGAUAAAAUAACUAAGAAAUCUCUCUCUGAUGUUUUGAUUGUACAUUGCAUUGUGUCAUCAACAGAAAAGAUUUUGCUGACUGACUUUGAGUUGCAGAAGAAUAACAGUUCCUGAAAGGAACUGGAUGAAUUAUAGAGAGUUUGUUGUCUCAUUUUGGAAUAUUUGCAUUUCACCAGAAAUAUCUGAUUUGAAAAAAAUACAAUUUAAAGUACAGCUAAAGCAGAGUUAGCUCAGUUAGCCUCCAUCUGGCUAACCGCUGACAUAUUUUUGGUUGAACAUAUUAGAUCGGUACACAAAAACUAUUUCCAACCCUGUGAAAUGUAGUCCUGUAUUUGGGCUACAAGCUAACAUGCUAAUCUUCUUUUAUAACUAUUUAAAUCAAUUGUCUUUGCUUGUGGCCGCCAUUAAUCUUCCGUCCUGACUCUUAAUUUGAAAACAUUUAAAGCAGCAUUGUUAAGCACAACUAAAGCAGGGUUAGCUCGGCUAGCAUUUAGCAUAUGUCCAGGUGUUUCCAUGGUGCUGCUCUGACAUGUCAGUCUCUCUGGCAUCUGUGAAAUGAAUACUGGUACAGACACAAACUCACAGAUCGUUAGAUAAUCCUGAUUUCAUGUCAGGUGGGUGUGAAAUGAUGAACUAUGUGGACAAACAUGAGGCUGAAAUGUCAGUUGAAUGUGGUCCUGGAUUAGCUACAUGCUAACGUGCUGGUCGUGCUUUCGCUUGUGGCUACUGUUAGUUUCCUGUCCUGCCACCAGCCCUCAGCACAGCACCACCCAGUAACGCUUCAUCAUGGUGGAGUUUGUCAGCCGGUUCUGUUCCUCUGACGGUACUCGUCCACAGACCAUGUUGUCAUCAACAGAGUGCGUUGUAAAGAAAAUGAGACUGUUGGUUUCCAUUAGCAGUGCUGUCCAUGUUGUUCUACAUAUGUUUGUUUCUAUACUGAUUUUCAACAAUAAAGAAUUUUGAUUGUUUUUUUAAUAAAA